AUGGAUGCGUUAUAUUGUCUACCUUGCUACCUUUUUAGUAAGAAACCAAUAGGUAGUCCCGGAUCAGAUGCAUUCAUUUCAACAGGUUUUAAUAAUUGGAAAAAGGUGAAAGAUGGAAUGAAUUGUCCUUUAAUUCGUCAUGAAGGGAAAGAACCAAACUCCCCACAUAAAAUUGCUGUGAAAUGUUGUGAGGAUUUAAAGAAUUAUUCACGACAUAUUGACAAGCUAAUUGAGAAACAAACAUCAAAAGAAUUAGAGAAUAAUCGGUUGCGGCUCAAAACCUCAAUAGAGUGUGCUCAAUGGCUAGCAUUCCAAGCUUGUGCUUUUAGAGGUCAUGAUGAAAGCCUUGAUUCAAAAAAUAGAGGUAAUUUUAUUGAAUUGAUAAAAUUCACAUCAACUUUCAAUGGCAAAGUAGCUAGUGUUGUCUUGGAAAAUGCUCCAGGAAAUGCCAAAUAUACAUCACCCACAAUUCAAAAGGAGAUUUUGCAUAUUCUUGCUAGUAAUGUGCGAAAUGCUAUUCGUGAAGAAAUUGGGGAUGCAAAAUUCUGCAUUCUUGUUGAUGAAGCCCGGGAUGAGUCGAAGAGAGAGCAAAUGGCCAUCAUUUUGAGGUUUGUUGAUAAAGAAGGUUUCAUUAAAGAGCUUUUCUUUCAUGUUGUGCAUGUUAGAGACACUACUGCAUUGACUUUAAAGAAAGAGAUAUGUGCUGUCCUUUCUCGUUACAACCUCCACAUUGAAAAUAUUCGAGGUCAAGGAUAUGAUGGGGCUAGUAACAUGCGUGGUGAAUGGAAUGGAUUACAAGCUCUUUUUCUUAAAGAUUGCCCAUAUGCUUAUUAUGUACAUUGUAUGGCUCAUAGUAAGCGUAAUGAUGAAUUGCAACAUGCUCAAGCAGAACAAGUUGAGAAUAUGAUUGCUUCUAAUGAAAUUAAGACUGGAAGAGGUGCAAACCAGAUUGGUACUUUGCAACGAGCUGGAGAUACUAGGUGGGGAUCUCAUUUUCAAUCUAUUUGUAGUUUGAUUAAAAUGUUUGAUGCUACUUGCAAAGUUAUCAACACUAUCUCUGAGGAAGGGGCUAACUAUAAACAACGCGGUGAUGCCGAGGGAGCUUAUCAGGUAUUAACAUCAUUUGAAUUUAUUUUAAUCUUGCAUUUGAUGAAAGAGAUAAUGGGAAUUACUAAUGUUCUUUGUCAAGCUUUGCAACAACAUUCUCAAGACCUUUUAAAUGUCAUGCAUUUAGUUUCAACUACAAAAUCACUUAUUCAAAAGUUGAGAGAUGAUGGAUGGGAGCCUUUACUUGCUAGUGUUAUAUCAUUUUGUGAGCAACAUGAAAUUGAUAUUCCUGAUAUGAAUGCUCGUUACACUAAAGGUCGAGGUAGAUAUCGUCGUCAAGAUGACGAUUUAACAAUGGAACAUCAUUUUAGAAUGGGCAUAUUUACAGUUGCAAUAGACUUUCAAUUGCAAGAAUUGAAAAGUAGAUUUUGUGAGCUAACAACGGAACUUGUCAUUCUUAGUUCAGUUUUAAAUCCCAAGGAUGCUUUUAGAUUAUUCAAAAUUGUUGAUAUAUGCAAUUUGGUUAAGAAAUAUUAUCCUCAAGAUUUCACUGAACAUGAACAAGAACUUUUGGAGUCUUAA